GUGCGCAGUGGCGGCCGCGACCAGAAGGAUUUGUUGUUAUUGUGUGGUGUCAGGUCAGCUUGUUUGACUUCUGUUCCCAUCGAACCUGUUCCAAGUUUCCUGAAACAUUCGUGUAAAUUUUCCACUCGCAGGUUCAAGCAGGAAAUGUAAAUGGGGGAGCAGUGUGCAAUGGAAGUGGAUUCGAGACAACAAGAUGCAGAGUCAGAAUAUGCAAGGGACUUCUGGACCCCUUUGAACAACACUAUAGAAGCUUUCCUCCAUCCCAGCAGUCAAACAAGUCCAAUAUCGUUUCAAGAUACAUUUACCCUGGUCUACAAAUGUGUUGGAGAGGGGCAUUCAGAUCGCUUGCACAGUGAUCUUAUGCAAACCGUUUCAAAAUACUUGAAGAAUCUGCAUGUUGAACUGCUCCAAUGUUUGACAAGUGAUAAUGAAGCUACACAAGGCCAAGGAAUCAUUCAAAUGAUUCAUAUGUUUGACUGCGCUCUUUCGGACUACAUUAAAGCUGUGAAAGGAAUUUCUGCAUCUUUUUCAUAUCUGGGAAAAUACUUUGCCCAAAAGAAAAAUUACAAAACAUUAGAAGAUGAACUGACAUUAAUGUUUUGUUCAGAGAUUGCAGAACAUUUUAUUCAUGACAUACUGAGUUGUGUAGAGAGGUCACCUCCCUUUACUCUUGAACCUGCUCUCCUUAGCCGCCUUUUCCACAACUUACAAACUGUAUCACGAGAAGACUAUGGAGCUUUAUACAGCAAGUUAUUCGCAAGAUUCGUUACAGAUGCCCUUCCUCGCAUGCAUGAGCAUGAUUUAGAUUCUCACAUUGCAGAAGUUCAUGAACUGCAAGCUCAAAUGAGGAGAGAAUCAGAUCAAUUCAAACUUUCAAGUGCAGAGGGAGGAUCAGAAAGAAAUCCUGCUCUAAAGCGACCAGCAGAGGAUUGUGAUUGAUUUAUUUUGUGAUGUGAUGAGCCGCCUUGAGAGUCUUUUUUUCUGUUCAUCUGUGUUUCUCUCAAGGAUGCCUGCUCAUUCAAGUAUCAAUAGUUGUGACUCUUCCCUUAAGUAGUAAGGAAUCCUUCAGCAUUUAUGUAGCAUAUUUGUUGGUAGGUGGUAUAUUUCUAAGUUUAUUUCCCAUUGUUAUUUAAAUUUGAAUGAUAAUCUAGUCAUAAAGUUGGAUGAAAGUGCCUGUUAUUAGAUAAGCCUAGUCAUAAGUUCUUAGAAGAAAAAAAAAAGAUGUGUUUGUCUGAGGCUUGAAUGGCUGUUCUUUUUUGGCAUUUAUUUUAAUGCAAUCCUUUUCUUCAUAUCAUACUUCUUUGUUUUGAUCUAUAAUGAUACUGUGGUAUCAGUCCAUGUGUUUAUGACCAUUGGAAAAUAGAAUUUUGUUACAUUCAAUGACAGACUGAUUGUUCCUCACAUUCCUCAGGGUGUGAGCUAAAUAUUUCCCAACUGACAGCAUAUUUGUUUUAUCAAGCAUGAUACUGUUUACACGUAGUUCUGAGGUUCUGGUUCUGUUAUUCAGCACUGAGUCUCUGUGCGCCCUGUCCUCUACUUGCUGCAAUGUUGACCAAUACUAGGAUUAAUUAUCAACUUGUGCUUCCUUUAAUAAGUACAUUAGAGUUUAGAGCUGGAAUUGGCAGGUGACAUGUCUGCUGAUUUUCUCCCUUUAGGUCUUCUUACAUAUUUGUUUUAAGUACUGUAGUUGAUUAAGUAUAAGCAAUGAAAUGCAUCUUGACCUGUCAUAAUUCUCCCUGUACCAGUUGUGUGUAAUGAACAACUGUUAAAAUUAUACUAUCAUUGAUCAGUAUUAAAACUGUUGGUGAUUUUCACUGA